AUAGCAUUGUGACAUCUUCAGGAAUAUAAGUCCACGCGAAUCGAACAACAAACAUCAGUGUCUUCUUCCAAUCCUCAGCGAUCGGUAGUAAAAAAAAAUAUAUACAAUGGCAUACAAAGUUGUUCUUUCUAUUGCUAUUGCAACCAUCUUCAUCUCUGCUAAAGCUGCAGUAGUUCCGGUCGCACCAGCAGCUCAAGUUCUUGCCAAGAUUGAAGAUUUCGAUGCUGUACCUCAAUACAGUUAUGCUUACGAUGUCCAAGAUGCCUUGACUGGUGACUCAAAGGCUCAAUAUGAAACAAGAAAUGGAGAUGUUGUCCAAGGAAGCUACAGUCUCAUUGAAGCUGAUGGAACUCGAAGAAUUGUUGAUUAUACUGCUGAUCCCGUCAAUGGAUUCAACGCAGUAGUGAACCGUGAACCAGCUGUAGCUGUUGCUCCAGUUGUUACCAAAACAGCUCCAGUCGUUGCUGCCCCAGUAGCACCAGCAGUUGCAGCUCCAGUUGCUGCACCAUUAUUUGCUAGAUCUGUUGCUGCCCCAGUUGUGCCUGCUCCAGUUGCUCCCGCAGUAGCUGCACCAGUACUAGCUAGGUCUGUCGCAGCUCCAGUUGUUGCAUCUCUGCCAUAUACCAUUCCUAGAGCAGUUGCCACUAGAUUGUCUGCGCCAGUCUAUCCUGCUCCUUUGAAUUAUGCUGUUGCACCUACAAAUGUUUUUGUUUAAUUUUAUAUUUUUGCUAUAUAAUAACUUGUUUGU